AUGAGCCAACAGCAGCCGGACCACACGCCGAAGGUAAAUGCUUUCCGCAGCUACUGCAUGCAAGUCGUCGAACAGUUGUGCGGCGAGUUCGAGCGCGAAGUCCUCCAAAUGACACAGGACAUUGUCCGCUAUCGCGGAGAGCUGGCACGCUGCGCUGAUUUGUUGGCGUUCCAGCUUGGCAAGGAGAAGCAAUACCAUUCCAUGUUGGAAAACAUCGCAGGAAACACUUCGACUCUCUGUGGUAAGGCUGCCGAGGUGGGCCAGAAGCACAGCGCCAAUGAUGGGGUGAAGAUUCAGAUGCAUCAGUUGUUGGAGCAGAUGUUCGAAGGCGGCAAAGGCGCCAUUGCCGAAGGCUAUGGGAAUCUCGACGAGCAUCGUCAAAUGGCGGAGACCCACUUGCAGACUUCGGCGGAGCUGCAGAAUCAGUCGGUUGCGAUCCAGAAGGAGCUCGACAACAUUCUACAGGCUCUGCAAGUUCCACCGGUUUCUUAUAGCAACGCUCCAAUUAUCAUGGGGCCAUCCAUGAUGCAACCGCAAGCAACCCGAGCUCCUCCCGGGCAAGGAUUCGGAGCCAAGCCGGCAAUUCCGGGAAUGGUGUCGGGCACAGGGGGUUUCUCACCAGGGCCUCGUUCCAUCCCUGGCUCCCCAGUGUUUACGCCCUCAAGCGGAUUUGUGGGUGGCGGCGGACUCCCUCAGACUCCGCCAGCACCGGCCGGCCUGAAACAUGGGCGUAUGGGCCAGAUGGCCUAG